UUUAUCAUUGGAGAAAGCAGCGAAUUCGUUACAAUGAGUGAGAUGGUUGGUGACAAACAUAGUGAAGAAUUCCCAAAGCACAUUGCUAUCAACGCUGACGAAGAUUUAGCUAUAUUGCCGUAUUCCAGCGGAACGACGGGAUUACCAAAAAGUGUUAUGCUAAGUCACAGGAACUUGACAUCCUCUAUCAUGAUUUUUCGUGACCGUGUACCACAUGAAACCUCAGAUAUUUCAUACUCGGACCGUCCAAUGUAUCAUGCGAGUGGAUACGGGAUGUUAAUUACGUCACUAACAUCUGGACGAAAGUUGGUUUUUGAAAAAAACUUUGAUACAAAGACCAUGCUACGAGCGAUUGAAAAAUAUAAGAUCACCUGACUUGGGACGGUACCAUCAAUCUUAAUCCAACUAGUUAACGAUGAUAUCACCGCAAAUUACGAUGUUACCAGUCUUAAGCAAGUAGCAUGCAGAGGGGCAGCUCUUUCUC